AUGGUCUGUGGCACCGUGGCCUCAUGGUCCGUGGCCUCGUGGACCACGGGACCACGGACCACGGGACCACGAGGCCACGGACCACAAGGCCACGGACCACGGUGCCACGGACCACGAGGCCACGGACCACGGUGCCACGGACCACAGUGCCACGGACGAGGCCACGAACCACGGACCACGAGGCCACGGACCACGGUGCCACGGACGAGGCCACGGACCACGAGGCCACGGACCACGGUGCCACGGACCACGAGGCCACGGUGCCACGAGGCCACGGUGCCACGAGGCCACGGUGCCACGGACCACGGUGCCACGGACCACGGUGCCACGGUGCCACGGACCACGGUGCCACGGACCACGGUGCCACGGACCACGAGGCCACAGACCACGAGGCCACGAGGCCACGGUGCCACGGACCACGGUGCCACGGACCACGGUGCCACGGACCACAAGGACUCGGACCACGAGGACACAGACCACGAGGACACGAGGACACAGACCACGAGGCCACGGACCACGGUGCCACGGACCACGAGGUCACGGUGCCACGGACCACGGUGCCACGGACCACGAGGCCACGGACCACGGGACCACGAGGCCACGGACCACGAGGCCACGGACGACGGUGCCACGGACCACGAGGCCACGGGCCACGAGGCCACGGGCCACGGUGCCACGGGCCACGGACCACGAGGCCACGGACCACGAGGCCACGGUGCCACGGACCACGAGGCCACGAGGCCACGAGGCCACGGACCACGGUGCCACGGACCACGAGGCCACGGUGCCAUGGGUCACGGUGCCACGGGUCACAAGGCUACAGACCACGAGGCCACGGACCAUGAGGCCAUGGGUCACAGUGCCACGGGUCACGGUGCCACAAGGGAGAGCCACUAG